CGCAAUUCCUCGCCCGCCACCAUCAUGUCCUGAUGUCCCUGCCUGCCUGCUUGGCGCCACCAGCCAUCGGUUCCUGACGCCAGAGCUCGGCCCGCACGAGAGUGACCACACCCGCGCGAACACGUAGGCGGAGCGGGACAAGAUGCCAAUGGAGAGGUCGGUGUCGCUGGCCGAGAGGAGCACCGUCGCGGCGCCGGCCAACGACCUCCGGUGCCACAGCGCCUCCUACGCCGCCUCCUACGUGCCCACCAAGGUGCAGCGGGCCAGGAGCACCACCUCCGUGGCGGCGCCCGCCGUGCAGCGGAGCGGCAGCACGAGGACCGUCUCCGGCGCCGGCCCCACCCCGGGGCUCAACCUCCGGUGCUACAGCGCCUCCUACGCGGCCUCCUACAAGCCUUUCUCCGACGGCGCCGCCCAGGCCAAGGGUCCCAACACCACCACCGCCGCCCCCACCUGGUGCUCCGCCGGCCGCCGCUCCCUGAACCUGAGGAGCUACACGCCCUCCUUCUCCGCAUUGGUCGACAACGAUGCCCCGGCCCCGGCCAAGACAGCGGCGGCGGCUCCCGACGACGCGGACGCGGAGCUGCAGAGGAAGAAGCGGCUGGUGGCCUACAAGGUGUACGACGUGGAGGGCAAGGUGAAGGGGUCGGUGCGGCGCAGCGUCAAGUGGAUCAAGGUCAAGUGCUCCCGCGCCGUGUACGGCUGGUGAUGAGCCGGCGAUCCAUCCAUACAUCCAUCCAUGUUUGCUCUGCCUCCAUCCGCUCCCGGUACGAGAUGUUGUGCAGCUGAGCUUAGUACAGUACGUAUGAGCGCGCGCGUGUUGAUUACUCUUCGGAUCUUUGCUCUUGUGCUUCUUCUUCUUUCAUCUUCUUUCUUGGAGUAGGAUUUUUGACGAUAUUUGAUGUGGCAUAUGUACAGAGUACACUAGCGUGAGCGGCGCUUCUGCUCGUGGUGCCUUGUUGGUGACCGAGAGAAGCUGGUGUGUGUUGUCCUUGUACAUACGGAUUAUUUCCUCCCCUUGUACCAUCGUCUAUCUGCUUAUGUAAUAAUAUAUAGACACUAUGUAGAAUAA